UUGUAUAAAUUUCUUUAUUAAAAAUUGUUCUAAUAUAAAAAUAUUAGCAACUGCCAAAUAUAAUUUAAACGGACCUAUCUCGAAAUCAAAGUAAAUUUGUGUCAACAACAGAACAGAUGCUACGGCCUCGAUAUAAACAAAAACAGCAAAACUGGCUACGACUUACUACGUACUGUAGAGAAGAGACAAAAAAUACCAAGCCGACAUUUUUAUCGGCCGAAUAGUCUUUUGACACAAAAUGCACUCAAGCGUAUUUUGCAAAAACGCUUUAUACCGGGAAACUUUGGAAACAGCUCGAACAAGAAAGGCAACGAAAAAGUCACUGAAAUCUAUUGCUGCAGCCGGCACGUUUUCGUCUCAAGCCUUGGAAAACAUAGCCUGCUUCUGCAUCUUAAAUAGCAGCAGCAGGGUUGUGUUACACUUGCUCUUAAAUAAUAAAAAUAAUAUUAAGAAAAAUAAACCACCCAACGACGACGAGUCUAUCAUUAAAAACAUCAUAAACAAAACUUCAGUUCCUGUGCUCUUUCGCCAGUUAUGCUAAAAACUCUUAAUGUUAAAUAUAUAUAUAUAUAAUAUAUAUAUAUAUAUAUCAAUAAUAGACUAUUCAUAAAAAUUUAUUAAGUGAUAAUUUGUUUACUUUAAAGACAAUAUAACUACGAAAAUAUAAUCAAUAAGAAUCCAUUAAGUUUUCUUCAAUCAAACGACAAAAUAAAUUUAUUACGGCAAGUAAAUGAUGGCGGAUCACAUGGAUGAACCGCCACAGAAGCGGGUGAAAAUAGAUCCCACUGAUUAUUAUUCUGUAUUGGAGGAUAAUUUACCCGAUGAACUGGUAUCUACAAAUAGUAAUUGGUCUGAUCAACUUGGGGGUGGAGGUCCAGGUGGCGGCCCUGGAUCUGGCCUAGGCAUUAAUGUAGUUGGCGGACCUAAUAAUCCUACAGUGCAAGGUCCUGGUGGACCACAAAUGAAUGGUGCUGGUGAUGAUGCUAAUGGCACAGCAGGCAAUCAAGUUGGUGGUGGAAAUAACUCCCUUCGGCAAAUGCAACAUCAUCACCUACAACAUUUACUGCAGCAACAAGGCAAGAAAAAUCCUAAUAUGGUUGGUAAUCCUAUGGGUGGUGCAGGUUUAAAUCAACUUGGUAGCAAAUCGCCAAACUUACAAUCACCGAAUGCUGGCGGAAUGCAAGUAACUGGUGGUCAAAUGGGCAUGGUAAACUCAAUGCCAAUGUCAAUUUCUAAUAACGGAACGCAAGGAAUGAAUUCUAUGGCUGGAAUGAAUACAAUUGCUCAAAGCAAUAAUCUAGGAAAUAUGGUUAUCACCAACAGUAACAUGGGUGGCAUAGGUAGUGGUCUCAAUACAAUUAAGCAACAAAUCGGCAGUGGUCCAGGUGGUAUGUUAAAUGCUGGACCUGGAGGUGUCGGACCUGUGGGAAACAUUGGUCCAGGCGUAGGUGGACAAAAUCAAGGCAUGCAUCUAGGUGGCCCUGGACAUCCUCAAAGUAUGCAAAAUGGCCCAAUUAUGAGUAGAAUUGUUGCACAGCAACAGCAACACAUGUUACGCGGACCAAAUCCACAUUUAAUGGGUCCUGGUGGACCCACUGGUGUUGGUGGAGGCCCUCGCAUGCAAAAUCCUAAUAUUCAAAUCAAUAAGCUUAACAUGUUAGAGACUCAAAACCAACAACAACGUAAUUUGGCACUUGGUCCUGGUCAAAUGAACAACAUGGUGAGCGGUGGAGUUGGACCGAACGGACCUUAUGGUGGUGGAGUCAAUGUUGGCAACGUUGGAAAUUAUGGUGGCCCUGGAGGACCACAAGGAGGCAUUAAUGUUAAUACAAAUAAUCCACAACAACAGUUGUUAGCACAACAAAUGGCACAACGUGGUGGAGUUCCUCCAAAUAUGACAGCGGCGAUGCAACAAGGAAAUAGAACAGGAGUGCCCUUAGGUUUAGGAGGCGUUGGUAAUGAUGGUACUGGUGGUAAUAUAGUUGGCAGUGUUGUCGGACCACAACCACAACAGCAGCAACAGUUAAAUAAUGCUCAAAUGAAUCCAAAUCAGCAAAAUUCAACUGGAGUUAUGAACAAUCCCAUUGGGCCAAGAAACACACAACCGGGAGCAAUAGGUCCACAACAAAAUCAAAUGUUACACCAACAACAACAGCAAACACAACCGCAACAACAACAACCAGGCACAUCACAGCAAGGUGGAGGCUCAAACACUGGUGGAAGUGGUGGUGGAGUACCGAAUUUAUCUGAUGAAAGGAAGAAACAAAUACAGCAACAACUAAUGUUACUUUUACAUGCGCAUAAAUGUAAUCGAAGAGAAAGUCAAAAUCCAAAUCGGGAAAAAUGUUCCGUCCCAUAUUGUAAACCAAUGCAAGAUGUUUUGGCACAUAUGGCGACUUGUAAACAAAGUAAAGACUGUACUGUCCAGCACUGCUCUUCGUCGAGACAGAUAUUAUUACAUUACAAGACUUGUCAGCGUUCUGAUUGUAUAAUUUGUUAUCCAUUUCGACAAAAUCAUGGCUUCCAAACUAAUCCUGGCGGUGCAAAUGCUGCAAAUCAAAAUCAACAACAGCAACAACAAAAUGAUAAGCAACAAACCGGUAAUAAUCCUGCACAACAAACUGCUGGCGUGCCUCAAAAUUCAGUUCAACAACAACAAAGCUCUACUGGUGGACCAAAUGUUGUAUCCAAUGCAGGAGCAUCAGCUGUAAUGAAUUCAGGUGCUAAUUCGCAAUUAGGGAUAAAACCAAAUACAGAUAUAUCACAAUUGCAACAACAGAACGCACAGAAUCCUAACCAAGAUAUACGUCGUUUUGAUGGCAUGGGUAUGCAGGGUGCAGUAUCAACUGCGGGACCAACAACUAUUUUACAAAAUAAUGCAAGUAAUGCACAGCAACAAUUACAUGGCAUAAGAAUGCCUGGUGGACCAUCUAUGCGUGUAGUUCCAUCACCCAUGAGCGGGCCAGGUGGUUCUGUAGGUGGAGGCAAUAACAACGGUCCGAAUGCAAACGUAAUGGGCAAUAGUAUACUUAUUGGAAGUGGAACUGGUCCAGACGGUUUACAACAAAAUACACAACAUCAGCAACUUCUUCUUCAAAAUAGUGGAGGUACUGGAUCUCAAGGAAACAAUCCUCAAUUAGCUGGUCUUAUAGGUGGACCCAAUGCAAAUGUACCCCAAAAUCAACCAAAUUCAGCUCAGCAACAAUCAAACAUUCCACUUUCUGUUAAUGUUCAUGCAUUUAACAAUUCCAACUUCAACAACCAAAUUAGCGGCACAGGCGAUAUAAGCGGAGGAGCUAACGGCCCUCCAAAUAAACAGAUGGGCCCACAAGAAAUGGCCAAGCUUAAGAUGCAAGCGCAGGCGGCUGUAGCAUCAGCAGCAGCAAUGGCAAAUGCUCCACAAAACAGUGCACCUGGCACCGUUGGUAAUUCAGGUGUAUUGGGACCACAAGUUCCAGGAGGGAAUAGUUUAACUACAGGUCCAAACGCUGCACAAGGCACUGGUGGUCAAGGCGCAGAAGAAAAGGAUUGGCGCGAAUCUGUUACUGCCGAUUUACGUAAUCAUUUAGUUCACAAAUUAGUGCAAGCGAUAUUACCCACCUCAGAUCCAGCUACCAUGCUUGAUAAACGUAUGCAAAAUCUUGUUUCAUAUGCUGAGAAGGUAGAAAAAGAUAUGUAUGAAAUGGCUAAAAGUCGGUCAGAGUAUUAUCACCUACUUGCAGAAAAAAUUUACAAAAUUCAAAAGGAGUUAGAAGAGAAGAGGUUAAAACGCAAAGAACUACAACAGCAACAAAUGCAAUUACAACAACAGCAACAAGGUAAUGCUGGUGUGCCUGGAGCGGGACCAAGCAAUCCAGCACUAAUAGGUCCACAAUUGCCACCGGGUCACCCACAAGCUCAACAACAACAGCAACAACCUCAACAAAUAAGACCAAUGAUAAGCCCAAUGGCAGGCGCUGGACCAACUCAGGGACUACCUCUUAAUGCUCCUAACAUGAUGCAACAGCAGUUACGCGGUCAAACUCCUACGAAUUUAGGUAUGAUGACAGGUCAACCUGGCCAAAAUAUUGGUGGUCUACGAAGUCAUUCUCCUGGAGGUAAUAUGUUGGCAAUGCAACAACAGCGCAUACAAUUUCCACAACAACAACAACAAGGUAAUAUGUUAGUUGGGCCACCAGGACCUAGUCCAAAUAGUGGACUUGGGGGUAUUGCUACAGCUCAACAAAAUAUUGUAGUCCAAAAUCCUGUUUUGUCUCCUUUUACUGGUCAAGCCAUACAAGGGCAGCCAAAUACCGGUGGAGUAGCAAAUGUAUUAACUAGCCCAGUACACGGACAACAACAACAAUUUAUCAAUGCAAAUGGUGGCUCUGGAGCCCAAAGUCAACAAUUAAACGAAUUGAUUAAACAACGCAUGAUACAACAGCAGCAGCAACAGCAACAACAACAACAGCAACAGCAACAAUCCGUAAUGUUACUGCCACAAUCACCUUUUAAUAAUACAACCCAAUUGCAGCAGCAACAGCAAAACACUUUUACAUCACCAUUGUCACAACAACAGCAAAAACAAAACGCAACAACAAUUGGUAAUAUGCCACCCACGCCAACUAGUCUUGAAUCACUUACGAGUACAGGUGCUGGGAUACCAACUAACAACGGAAUCGGAAGUUCAGUUGGUAUGGUAGCAGCUCCCAGCCCUUCACCAAAUUUACUGUCAAAUGGUCCAAUUGGUACACCAUCUAACAACCCUCCUUCCGUUUCAUCACUUUUGCAACCAAUGAGUGAUCGUGGCAAUACUCCGCCACUGAUUGCGGCAUCACCGGUGUCUUCAGCAGCUGGCAUUGCAACAUCAUCCGCAAGUGCUGCAAUCUCUACAACAAUAGCGACCGUAUCAACUACAAUCACAACGACAGUAUCAUCUGCAAUUACAACACCCACAACUGUAAAUAAUACGUCAUUAUCACAACAGCAGCAAGUUUCUAUUGGUAAAGGAACUAAUAAUGUGCCUGUUACACCAUCAACUACCUCAAUUAGUGUGCCCACAUCACGGCCUUCAUCCAGUAGCAAUCUCUCAUCUCAAAUGGCUGCACUUGUAGCGGCAUCUCGAGAUAAUGAUGAUACACCUCCAUCGCCAAACAACGAAUCUAAUACUGGUAUGGGCAAUGCAUCAAAAGGCAAGUUAGAUUCAAUCAAACAAGAAGACGAUAUCAAAAAAGAAUUUAUGGAAGAUAGUAGUGGAGGAGGCGGUGAUAAUUCUCAACAAGAAUCUUCAGCUGGCGUUGGUAAAAAUGUUAACAACGAUGGAACAGCUAAAGUAGAAAUUAAAACUGAAGAUGGUGAUAUAAAAAUUAAGCCUGAACCGAUGGAUUUAGACGAUAAUAGUUCAACAGCGAAAUCAGGCAAUAAUGCCCAUGGUAUAGAUAGUAAAGAGGACAUAAAACCUGUUAUUGAUUCUAUCACGGGAGAUAUAAAAGUUAAAACAGAAACAAAACCUGUAGUUCCGGAACCACUUAUGUCUAAUACCGGUGAUAAAAAGAAGAAAUGUGUUUUUAACCCAGAAGAACUAAAGCAAGCUCUUUUGCCUACACUUGAUAAACUUGUGCGUCAUGAACCAGAAUCAAUGCCAUUUCGUGCACCAGUAGACCCAAUCCAACUUGGUAUACCUGACUAUUUUGAAAUAGUUAAGAAACCAAUGGAUUUGGGUACUAUACGUACUAAUCUGUUGAAUGGAAAAUAUAGUGACCCUUGGGAAUAUGUGGAUGACGUAUGGCUUAUGUUUGAUAACGCAUGGCUUUAUAAUCGUAAAACAUCUCGAGUUUACAGAUAUUGUACGAAGCUGUCUGAGGUUUUCGAACAAGAAAUUGAUCCUGUGAUGCAAGCGUUAGGAUAUUGUUGCGGUCGUAAAUAUACUUUUAAUCCACAAGUUUUGUGCUGUUAUGGUAAACAAUUGUGUACAAUCCCACGAGAUGCCAAGUAUUAUAGUUACCAAAACAGUCUAAAGGAUUAUGGUGUUGCCUCAAACAGAUAUACUUUUUGCCAAAAAUGCUUCAACGACAUACAAGGAGAUACAGUCACCCUUGGCGAUGAUCCAGUCCAAUCGCAGACACAAAUCAAAAAAGAUCAAUUCAAAGAAAUGAAGAAUGACCAUCUUGAAUUGGAACCAUUUGUUGAUUGUCAAGAAUGUGGUCGUAAACAGCAUCAAAUUUGUGUACUCUGGUUGGACUCAAUUUGGCCUGGUGGCUUCGUUUGUGACAAUUGCCUUAAAAAGAAAAGUUCCAAACGCAAGGAGAACAAAUUCAAUGCUAAACGAUUGCAAACAACUAAACUUGGUGUUUACAUUGAGACACGUGUAAAUAAUUUUCUCAAAAAGAAAGAAGCUGGUGCUGGUGAAGUACACAUUCGAGUUGUGUCAUCUUCAGAUAAAUGUGUGGAAGUGAAGCCUGGUAUGCGAAGGCGUUUCGUAGACAAUGGUGAGAUGUCAUCCGAGUUUCCGUAUCGGGCGAAAGCAUUAUUUGCUUUCGAAGAAGUUGACGGUAUUGAUGUGUGCUUCUUUGGUAUGCAUGUCCAAGAGUAUGGCUCAGAAUGCCCUGCACCAAAUACACGUCGUGUUUAUAUUGCUUAUUUGGACUCGGUGCACUUUUUCAGACCUCGCCAAUAUCGUACUGCUGUAUAUCAUGAAAUCCUGCUCGGUUAUAUGGAUUAUGUUAAGCAAUUGGGAUACACUAUGGCACAUAUUUGGGCUUGUCCUCCAUCUGAAGGCGAUGACUACAUAUUUCACUGUCAUCCAAUUGACCAAAAAAUACCAAAACCGAAACGUUUACAAGAAUGGUAUAAGAAAAUGUUAGAUAAGGGUAUGAUAGAACGCACCAUACAAGAUUACAAAGAUAUUUUGAAGCAAGCAAUGGAAGAUAAAUUAUCAUCUGCAGCUGAAUUACCUUAUUUUGAGGGUGAUUUUUGGCCUAAUGUACUUGAAGAAAGUAUUAAGGAACUUGAUCAAGAAGAAGAAGAAAAGCGAAAGCAAGCUGAAUUAGCUGAAGCCGCUGCUGCAGCUGCAAAUAUAUUUUCUAUCGAAGAUAACGAAGUCAGUGGGGAUGGUAAGAAAAAAGGGCAAAAGAAAGCAAAAAAAUCGAAUAAAUCCAAAGCUGCACAACGAAAAAAUAAUAAGAAAUCUAAUGAACAACAAACAGGCAACGAUUUGUCUGCUAAAAUUUAUGCUACUAUGGAAAAACAUAAAGAGGUUUUCUUUGUUAUUCGUUUGCAUUCUGCACAGUCUGCAGCUAGUCUAGCACCUAUUCAAGAUCCUGAUCCGCUACUAUCUUGUGAUCUUAUGGAUGGUCGUGAUGCAUUUCUUACACUCGCACGUGAUAAGCAUUAUGAGUUUUCAUCAUUGCGACGAGCUCAGUUUUCAACACUUUCAAUGUUAUACGAGUUACACAAUCAAGGUCAAGAUAAAUUCGUUUACACGUGCAAUAACUGCAAAACUCCCGUGGAAACAAGAUACCACUGCACUGUUUGUGAUGAUUAUGACUUGUGUACCAUAUGCAAGGAAAAAAUUGGUCACCCACAUAAAAUGGAAAAACUUGGCUUUGAUUUGGAUGAUGGAUCCUCCCCUGCUGAUCUCAAGCAAGCUAAUCCACAAGAGGCUCGAAAACAAUCAAUACAGCGUUGCAUUCAAUCAUUGGUACAUGCAUGUCAAUGUCGGGAUGCCAACUGUCGAUUACCUUCGUGUCAGAAGAUGAAACGUGUCGUUCAACAUACAAAGAACUGCAAACGCAAAACAAAUGGUGGUUGCCCUAUAUGCAAACAACUUAUUGCGUUAUGUUGCUAUCAUGCUAAGCAUUGUCAAGAGCAAAAAUGUCCUGUUCCUUUCUGUCCGAAUAUUAAACACAAAUUAAAACAGCAGGCCUUACAACAAAAGCUACAACAGCAACAGUUAUUGCGACGUCGUGUAGCACUUAUGUCACGAACAGUGACAACGCCAACUGCUGGCCCUGGUCCUCUUGUCAGUGCAAGUAGUGUGCCACCUUCAAAUGUCGGAAAUGUUGUGCCAGGUGUAACAGUCGCACAACCAGCAGUAACUGGUCAACCUGCAAUAAUGCCUGCAGCAGCUGGUGGUAUGAGUCCGUCAACGGUUGCAGUACCAUCUCCAGUAGCACCACCAAUGACAGGCGGUAUGGCACAAACACAUCCACAUCAGUCAGGUAUUGGCAUGAAACCAGGCGGAGGACACUCUCCAUCACCGAAUGUAAUGCAAGUGGUAAAGCAGGUACAGGAAGAAGCGGCACGACAGCAAGUGCCACAUGGUGGUUUUGGUAAGGGUGGACCUAUGGCGCCACCUGUUAUGCAACGCCAUCUUGGAGUGGUACCAAAUCAAGCAAAUCCCAGUGGAAUGGUUGGAGGUGUUGCAAAUGUAAAUGUAGGAGGCAUGUCGCAAAUGGGUCCUGGAGGAAAUGCUGUGAUGGGAAAUAAUCUUCUUCCAAUGGAUCAGUGGGGAAAUAGUAGAUAUCAAAAUGCGAAUCAAACUAUGCGACAACCUAAUCAAAAUCAAGUAAUGCAACAAAACGCUAUGCAGCAACAACAGAACAUGAUGAAUAUGGUUGGAGCUGGAGGCUCAAAUCAAAUGACUGGUAACACAAAUAUGACUGUAGGUGCUGGUGUUGGUGGUAUAACCAAUCCAAAUAUGGGUAUGGGAGGAUCCAUAGGUGGACCUGUCGGCAUUCGACCUCAAGGACAACAUGGAGCUACACCGGUUGGCAGUGGCGGUAAUAUUCCUAAUGGUCCUCCUUCGCUUAACACACAGCAGUUAGCACAAAUUAUGGCCAAGAUUAAAAAUAAUCCAACUAGUGAAGACCAUCAAAAAAUUCUGCAAGUUCUUAAGCAAAACCCUCAAAUAAUGGCUGCUAUUAUAAAACAACGUCAACAAAGUCAAUCAAAUGCUGUAGGUCCAAGCGUUGCUCCAAAUGCUAGUGGAAAUGGUCCCCAACAACAACAACAGCAGCAGCAACAACAACAACAGCAGCAGCAACAGCAACAAGUGAUGCAGCAACAACAACAAAUGCAACACAUGAUGAAUCAACAACAAAUGCCACAAACGAAUCAACAAGUUGUAAUGCAACCACAGCAGCAGCAACAACAACCAAAUCCACAUCAACGUAUGCCUGGGAUGCAAAAUCCAAUGAUGAUGCAACAACAACAAGUACCUGGCAGUAUGCAGCAACAAGGACCUGUAUCAAAUCCACAAUGGUUUAAAAUGAGACAAGUACCAAUGUCACAUUAUCCACCACCAUAUCCACAACGCCAGCGGGCUCCGCAGAUGGGUGGUGGUGGUGGUCAACAGUUUCCUGGUGGCAAUUUCGGUGGUGCUGGAGGUGGUCCAGUUGAUCAAUAUGCUGCUAUGCAACAAGGUCUUAAACCAAAUGCACAACAGCAAAUGGCAGGUAUGCCCGGUGUACAACAACAAAUGAUGCAAGGUGCAAAUAUGAUGGGUGGUCAGAACGUAAUGGGUCCGCCCACACCUCACACAUUACAACAACAAUUAAUGCAAACUGCUCGUUCUUCACCACCAAUGCGAUCUCCUACGCCAUCUCCACGCUCAGCUCCAUCACCUCGUGCUGGGCCAUCAGCUUCACCAAGGGCACAGCCAUCUCCACAUCAUGUAAUGAGUCAUUCACCUGCGCCACAGGGUCCUCACGAUCCACUACACAAUCAUGGUAUGCAUCCACAUCAAUCCCCAUUGCCAGGUGUACCGCAAGAUGUCGGUGUUGGCGGCGUAGGUGGUGUAGGAGGGGUCGGUGGUACUGGACCCGUAACAGAUGCAUCUGACCAAUUAACCAAGUUCGUAGAACAGCUUUAAUGUAAUUAGCUUUCAUCACAUGUAAAUCGAUUUUAUCAACCACGAUAUUUUUAAAAUUAGAUGUAGUAGAAUAUAUACAAAUAUAUA